AUGUCAAACGAAGACUCAACUCUUGCGAAGAGAUUAAGGGAUGCCGGCGCAGUGCUCCUGGGAAAGACGAACAUGCCGCCUAUGGCUGCAGGCGGUAUGCAAAGAGGAAUGUAUGGGCGAGCUGAGUCGCCGUAUAAUUCCAAGUAUCUCACUGCAGCGUUCUCAUCAGGAUCCUCCAACGGGGCGGCAACGUCACUAGCAAGUAGCAUGACAGUCUUUGGCUUGGGGAGCGAGACAGUGAGCAGUGGGAGAAGUCCGGCGUCGAACAACGCACUUGUGUGCUACACCCCAUCGAAAGGAACCCUGAGCUGCAGAGGUCUCGUACCGCUGUACGUGACGUGCGACGUGCCAGUGCCGUACACGCGCUCAGUGAGCGAUCUGCUGGUGCUUCUUGACGUGAUCGCAGUACCAGAGGAAGAGACGAAGGGUGACUUCUACAGGGAGCAGAAGUUCGUUCCAAUUCCUGGACCGCCAAAAAUCGAAUAUUCUUCACUGAAGAUGGCAGAUGCCUUGAAGGGCAAGAGAAUCGGGGUACCGAAAAUGUACAUUGGUCAGAAAGAUUCGAAUCCACACGCGAAACACCCUUACGUCUCACCCGAAGUCAUCGAAGUGUGGAAAGAGACAGCGAAAGAUCUUAACAACCUUGGUGCAGAGUUAGUAUAUACCGACUUUCCCUUGGUCACAAACUACGAAAACGACUCCAUCUCGCGCGAAGCCAACAACGUUGUAGACGCACCAUCAAACUGGAACCACGUCGAGCGCGGCGUCCUGAUUGCUAAAGCAUGGAACACCUUCCUCGAACAGAAUAACGACCCUGAUAUCAAGAGUCUGAGAGACAUCGAUGACUCGGCUAUGCUCUUCCCCAAACCCAAUCCAUACGUUCCUGACACAUUCCUCGAAGUACGAAACUGGAUCGACUAUGCCGGCUUACCCUCACUGUUACAGCAGAUCGAGGGCGAAUCAGUCUUCGACGUCCCUGGUCUCGAGCAAGCCGUCAAAGCCCUUGAAGCACAGCGUAAACGCGACCUAGAAGACUGGAUGGCCGACAACAAUCUCGACGUCAUCGCUUUCCCGGCGCAAGGAGAUGUGGGCCUCGCGGAUCUGGAAUUCAAUCUCAAAAGCACGAAACACAGUCUUCAGAAUGGCGUCAAAUACUCGAAUGGAAAUAGAGCAUUGCGGCACCUCGGUGUGCCAACUGUCAGUGUACCAAUGGGUGUCCUGGAGAGCAAGGGCAUGCCUGUCAAUAUUACGUUUGCAGGGAGAGCGUAUGAGGAUCCGAAGUUGUUGGAGUAUGCAUAUGCGUUCGAGCAGGCAACCAAAAGAAGGAUCAGCCCACCGCUGCAGCCGCUUACAACAGAUAUUACAGGGAAGCGUACGCAGCACGAGCGUGGUACGUCAAGUCUAGAUCUUUCUGCAGAUGCUCACACGACAAAGUUGAGAGACGGCAGGGUGAAAAUUGACAUCAAUGGUAUGGUUUCUAUCGAUGAUAAAGAGAGAGAGGUACAAGUCUUCGUCGAUGGACAAGAGGUGUGGAGGGACAAGGUCACGACAGAGACAUGGCAGAUUCGGCUGGAGCAUACACCGGUACGGCACGAAUUUUUAGGGUGGGAGCUCACGCCAUUGCCGCCGAAGAAGGCUAUGGUUAUCGUCAUUGCGAGAGCAGAAGGCGCCACUGAUGAGGCAAGGCUGCUAUGGGUUCCUAUUGUUUAA